UGCCCUUCUGCCCCGAUGGACGGGGGUAGCUUUGGAGAUCCGGGCCGUCUCCGGCUCCCUUGCUGGGCAGGGGCAGGGGCAGAGCGGUGGCAGAGGGUGAGGGCAGAUUGUGCCGCCCCCGAGGGGGCAGCCGGUGGCUUCCAGGCCGUCCUGGCGGGGAGCCGCGGGGAGUCCCGGGGAGGCGCCAGGGUGAAGGUCCUGGAAGGAGGAGGAGCCCUCACUCGGGAGGCCCAGCGCUUCGGGGGCCAGGGGGCCGAGGGGCCGCGGGGGCUCUGCAGCCGCCUCCACCACCUUUGCCGCCAGUGGCUGCAGCCGGAAAGGAACACCAAGGCCCAGAUGCUGGACCUGGUGCUGCUGGAGCAGUUCCUGGCCGUCCUGCCCAGGGAGAUGGAGCGCUGGGUGCGGGAGUGCGGAGCCGAGACCAGCUGCCAGGCGGUGGCCCUGGCCGAGGGCUUCCUGCUGAGCCGGGCGGAGGAGCAGAAGGAGCAGUUUCAGGGAGAGGGACCCUCUGUGGAGGUGACCGCAAGCAGGGAAUUCUCCAGUCCCCCAGAGGAACUAGUUUUGGGUGGGAGCUUCCAGGAGAGUCAAAGUCAAGAGAUCUUACCAGUGGGCAGAACCGUUUCCCUGAUGUUCAGUGAAAUGUCUCAGUUUUGUGACGGAGCAGAAAGAAAAGCUGAACCUUCAGCUCAGGGUCCUGUUUCCUUUGAGGAGGUGGCUGUGUAUUUCACUGAGGAAGAGUGGGGCCUUCUGGAUUCCAACCAGAAGGCCCUCCAUGGGGAAGUCAUGCUGGAGAAUGCUAGAAGUGUGGCCUCUCUGGAAGUGCCCAAACCACAGUUUGUCUCCUGGCUGGAAGGAGAAGAUCCGUUCUUCUGGAAUUCUGAAGAAGGUGAUGGGCAGAACAGUGGGAAGUACGUGGAACCCCCUCUGAUGUUCUUCGACCAUAAUUUGCUUCCGAGUUCGUACACAGGGGAGAAACCCUACAAAUGCUUAGAAUGUGGAAAGAGCUUCAGUAUGAGCAGCCACCUGCUUUCUCAUCAGAGGACCCAUGCAGGAAAAAAGUCGUAUAAAUGCCUGGAGUGCGGAAAGAGCUUCACGCAGAACUUCAGCCUCACGGUCCAUCAAAGGACUCACACGGGGGAAAAACCCUAUGAGUGUGUCGACUGUGGAAAGUGCUUCAGCCGCAGCCAGCAUCUCCUUCAGCACAGAAGCAUCCAUACAGGGGAGAAACCGUUUCAGUGCGCCGACUGUGGAAAAUGCUUCAGCCGCAGCCAGCAUCUUGCCCAGCAUCGAAGUAUCCACACGGGAGAGAAACCGUACAAAUGCACAGAGUGUGGGAGACGCUUCAGCAACAGCGGAAGCCUCAAUACGCACCAGAGGACCCACACCGGAGAGAAGCCCUACAAAUGCCUGGAGUGUGGGAAGAGCUUCAGCAAGAGCAGUAACCUUACGGCCCAUAAACGGAUCCACACCGGGGAGAAGCCCUAUCAAUGUCUGGAGUGUGGGAAGAGCUUCAGCAAGAGAGGUAACCUGUAUAAGCAUCAAACGAUCCACACGGGGGAAAAACCCUACACGUGCGUGGAAUGCGGAAAGAGCUUCCGGAUGAGCGGUAACUUUUAUAAGCAUCAGAGGAUCCACACAGGAGAGAAACCCUAUGAAUGCCUGGAGUGCAGAAAGCGCUUUGCUCUUAGGCAUCAGUUGACUUCACAUCAAAGGACUCAUGCCGAUGAGAAACCGUUUCAGUGCUUAGUGUGUGGAAAGGACUUUAAAUACAGUGAGCAGCUUACUCAGCAUGAAAGCGCCCACACGGCGUCCAGCCAAGAUGGAGACUUGGCUGGAGAAACUUCAGCUCACUUUGAGAGCUCCUAUUUCUCUUUGUAUCCCGACAAUUGUUUGAUCUCCUUUAUUUGGUCCGGAAACCGGUGAUUGUUGUCUCUUUCAGGGUCUGGGGCAGUUUGUGAAUAAUCUAAUCCAAGAGACGUAAUGGAAGAACAGAGAGACUUUGUGGUCCUCUCUGCCAGCAACAUCUGGGGUGGAAACUCAGGUUAUACUUGAAAAACAAUUAUAGCUUCAAUCAAUUUUUUCCCAAUAAUUGGCUGAUACAUUUGUAUUGUAAAGAAUGAGGCAGAGAAUGGGAUCGGUCAACUGGAAGCCAUCCAGAACAGAACUGCAGAAUGCAAUUAUGUUCUGUGAUUGACUUGGGAUCUCAUCCGGGGGCUUCCAGAAAGCUCUUUUUUUAUGACAAAUGUGUUAGACGAAACAUCAGCUCAGACAUAAGUAAGAAUUUGAAAGGAUUCAUCUUCCCAUAGAUGUUCAUGGGUGGAGCCAGGGGCGUCACCCUCAUCAAUGUUGUCAUGCAAAUGAUGUAUGUGACAUCAGUGUGGCUUCUACUGUUGCCUGUUCACCUCCCCCUGUUGUGUUUGACGGAUUAUUAUAGACUUCCUUACGAUAUCUUUCAAGGAUCUGAGGUCUGCUCAAGAUAACAGGAAGGCUUAAAUGGGAUCUGUCCAAAAUCUUAGGAUGACACCAAGCAGGUGGUUGGUAAUUGGCAGACUUUUUCAAACGACACACUGUUGGUGAAGGAGAAGAAUCCGAAAUAUUUGAUUCUCAUUCCUGCAACAUUCACCAUCCAACAAUCUCAGAUCUUUCUUCCAGUUGUGGAAGGUUUUAUUGUCUACUUGGGUUGAAACCUCUUUGGGAGAGGUUUACUCUUAGAUCUGCCCUGAACCUGGCAUCAGUUCAUAAUAAAAUGUCAACGCGCUUUUUCCUGGUCGCUUAA